AUGGCUGCAAAUGCGAGGAGCCGUAGACUCCGUGGGCACGAACACGCACCUUUCACACUCUAUUUGCCGCCGGGAGCUAUAGCCUGGCCUAUAAAAGGGAACGAGGGAGAUUACUGGAACUUCAAAAACGCGCGCGAUGCCGGCCAUCGCAUGCUUGCUGGUUCGUGCCACACCCAAACAAAAAAAUCCCUGACGGUCGACAUAUUUCCUGUCGGCUUUGUGCUAAAGCCGACAGGAACUGGUUGCGAAACCGACAGGAAAUACGUCGACCAUCAGGACCCACGGCUGAAUGCUCAAACUGAAGCGCUGUCAAGAAUUGCUUCCUAUCAGCUAAUCGUCAGGGAAAGUCAGAUCUUCCUUGAGAGUGGUUCCUAUCACCAAGCCAUCACGAACAUAACUCGUGACGAUUGGUGGUCGAUGGACAAUCACCAAGCUCAGCAGGACAACGAGGCUGCUGAUCCUGGGACGAGGCCCUUGCUGCGACCACAACAAAUGCAUUUGGGGCAACCUGUUGCUGAUGGCGGUUUGGGUCCUCCUGGUGCAGCCGAGCAUCGUCAUCGCGGGAACAUCCUGUGGCUCACUAUCCUUGGAUGUUUAUUCCUCACAUUCAACUCUGGAAUGGCCAUCUACCGGUCCCAAGGUGAACGUUGGGCCGUUGCGUUCGUCGUCUUCUCCUACCUGGACUUGCUCCUACUCUUCUUCAGUCUCAGAUGGUACGAGAGCGCCGAGCCCGGCUCGUUAACAAGGGACCGUCUCAAAGUAGUUAUCUGGGUGCUCACGACAGCGCUUACCCUACUAUUUACGACUAAGGUUGCAACCGUCAUGCCCACCGUAGUGGUCAUGGUAGUUUGGUUCAUGGCCUUCUCCACUAUUGGAGGAGGCUUCUAUGCAUUCUUCUAUUAUAGUGAAAAAGAGUGA